AUGCUCAUAGGAAUCUGCGGCGGCAUAUGCGCCGGCAAGCACUCAGUCCUCCAAUACCUCAUCCAAAACCACAACUUCCAACUCCUCUCCCUCCACCGCAACGCCGCCACCCCCAGCGUCGAAAAGUCCGCCUCCGAAGCCCACGUGCCAGAGACCACAUACGGCGACCUAGAAACGAAAUUCAACACAGUCGAGGAUCUCCUGGAAUACGCCACAAAACACUGGCAAACAAACUUCGCAACCGUCUCCCUCUACGAUGAACACAUAGCCGAAGUACUAUCAAGAAGACCCUUCUUCAUACUCCUCCACAUCGACGCCCCCAUUUCCCUCCGCUGGACGCGCUUCAAGGACCGGUGUGCGAAAGCUGCCCUCACACCGCCAACCCUCGACCAAUUCGUCCUCCGCAACGAUGCUCACCUUUACUCCCCAUCUACAGGUCUCGCCACCACGGCAACUCGAGCACAGAUAAAACUCCUCAACUCCACCACCUCCCUAAAUCACCUUUGGACCUCCCUAGACUCACUGAACCUCACCGACCCCUCCCGCCUGCGCCCAACCUGGGACCACUACUUCAUGACCCUCGCCUCCCUCGCCGCGCGCCGCAGCAACUGUAUGCGCCGCCAAGUCGGCUGCGUCCUCGUGCGCGAGAAACGCGUAAUGGCCACAGGCUACAACGGCACGCCCCGGAACGUCUCCAACUGCAACGAAGGCGGUUGUCCACGUUGUAAUGGUGGCGGGAUUGGAGGCGUGAGUCUUAGUACGUGUCUUUGCAUUCAUGCCGAGGAGAAUGCACUGUUAGAAGCUGGGAGAGAACGGAUCGGGGACAGUGCAGUCUUGUACUGCAAUACUUGUCCUUGCCUCACCUGCACCAUUAAGAUCGUGCAGGUGGGGAUCACAGAGGUUGUGUACAGCAAUAGCUACUACAUGGACGAUGAAGCGGCGAAAAUAUUCCAGGAAGCUGGCGUGAAGCUCAGACAGUUCUCGCCGCCGAAAGAAGGGCUGGUGAAUUUGAUGAUUGAAGAGGUACCGCUGCUUAAUGGUCACAGCGAUACAGCCAGCUGA